UUUGCCAGAAACAAAUAGUAACUGACAAAAAGAUGAAGUUUAUUGGCUUAUUUUUCUUCUGUAUGCUGAUGAACAUGCCAACAGAUGCGCAGUCAAUCCAGGAUGACGAUGAUUUCUACCAGGAAUCUGUAGCCAUGCCAUACUGGCCUUUCUCAGCCAAUGACUUCUGGUCAUAUGUGGAGUAUUUCCGGACCCUGGGAGCCUACAACAGGAUCAAUGAAAUGGCCAAAACCUUCUUUGCUCAAUUCCCUUUUGGAAGUCAUUUUGGUUAUAACGUCCCAAGCCAUGAGCAUUAAUCACUUUGCUCAU